GUUGUGUAGCCUCUAUUCGAUAACAUACGGGAUAGUUAUUUUUACCACAAUCGGAUGAUAUGUUUACACUUGUUUCUAAGCUGAAAUAAUUUAUAUUAAUCAAAGUAGCUACUCAUCAUUUAGAUUAACAUAACUGAAAUGAGUUUAUCACUCAGAGCUGAAUUUGCCUUGGACAAGAACAAAAAGAAGAGGAAACGUGAACUUGCAGAUGAACAAAAGCAAGAAAUUAAGGAAGCAUUUGAUCUGUUUGACACAGAUAAGGACCGUGCCAUAGACUAUCAUGAACUAAAGGUUGCUAUGCGAGCUCUUGGGUUUGACGUGAAGAAGACGGAUGUUCUCAAGGUACUCAGAGAUUAUGAUCGUGAAGGAACUGGCAAAAUAACAUUUGAAGACUUCAAUGAAGUCAUGACAGACAUGAUGUUGGAGCGUGAUCCCCAAGAAGAGAUUUUGAAAGCGUUCAAGUUGUUUGAUGAUGACAGCUCAGGGAAAAUCAGCCUUAGAAAUCUCAGGAGAGUGGCCAGGGAGCUAGGUGAGAAUAUGACAGAUGAAGAGUUGCGGGCCAUGAUUGAUGAGUUUGACAGAGACGGGGACGGUGAAAUAAACGAGACUGAAUUUCUAGCAAUAAUGACUGGAGACACUUAAUGCUGCAUCAACAAUUCAGGAGCAUUACAUUUUGUUUGGGACCAAUUUGAGAAGGAUCUUAUAGACCUUUCUAUAUCAGGAACAGAGCUUUAGAAAUAUCUGUGAUAGAUAUUGCUCCACAAAUAUAUAAUGCAUUGUAUAUUAUUUCAAGGGUAAAUUACUGCUGUAAGCAUAGUUUAAAAGUUAGGUUAAAAAUCAAAAUUGAACUUGAACUUUCAUUUUGCUUAAAUUAAUUUGUGAAUUAUAUUGAGUAUUUUUUAAAGACUCUCCAUAUGACAUUUUGAUAAUUUUAAUAUUGUGGAAUGCACCAAUCCUCAUCUUUUCUGACAAUAAAUCCAUUGCUAUCAUUAUUUUGAUCAAGUAUGCAUGUUUUUUAUCUUGAAAAUUUUCAUACAAUAUUCUUGAUAUUAUAUGGAGUUUUACUUAGAAUAUAUAAAAAAUUAGGGUUGAGCAUGGCGCUAGUGUAUAUGCUUUGCAUUUGUUUAUAUAAUACAACUGUUUUGUGCUCAUACUGUGAAAUGGUUUGCUAGGUUCUUAAGCAUCAGUUAAGGUUAUAAUAGCCCCUAGAUAUGUUUUUUACAAGUACCUGCUUGGAUUGUUAAAAACACUGGUCAAUUGUCUGGCUAAAUUUGUAUUAAUUUGUAUUUUACAAAUAUAAUAAUGAAAUUGUAAAAUUCAAAGUCUCCCUUCCUUAACAUAAAUUCCAGUUUAUAUUAUCCAUUUUCCAGUGAUUCACUCAGAAGUUCAGAACAUCCAACAAAUAACAAAAAUAUCACAGUUAAAUAUUAGGUUCAUUUUUCUUAAUGAUGACUGAGUUUUCAACAGCUUAAUCCUAAAGUAAAGUACUUUAUUACAAGCAGUAAAAAAUGAAAUCUAACUAUCACAUCAAUGUGUAAACAUAUUUUUCACAUGAACCUUCUUUCAGCCACUUUAGUAAGGAUAAAACAUGACGGUUUCGUUUUCUUUUCAGAUUAUAUUAUGUCACCUUUCACUGGACCUAAGUCUCAAGUUACAGUGUAAGCUAAGCAACAUACUACACAUUCAAGUUCUUGCCAGCUAUGUAAUCAUAUUUUCAUUGUCUACAUCAAUACUCAUCAUCCCCAGAUCUGAUAUGUAUGUGUGUUACAAUAAUGACAUUAUUGUAAAGAUCUAAUACCAACACACAUCUGAUGGGUUAAAUUUAAACUUGAGUUAUGGAACCAUACAACAAGCAUACAAAUAAUAGCUGCUGUCUGGAAUGUAAUGUGUGGGGGGUAAAUUUUUAAUGUGUUUUGUUCUUGUUUGUUGUUUUUCAUCCCUUGAUCUGUUUGUUCUGCUAUACAUGUUUUUUUUCAUUCCCUUUCUUUAAGUGUUUGUUCAUUACUGUUUGAGAUGUGUUAUUUGCAUUUAUUUCCACUGAUAAACAUAAAGGAAAUCCUUUUCCCCUCAGUGAGUCCAUUCAUGAACUUAAGUUCUUCUUAAUUGUAAUUUUGAACUUUCCUGUCCUGCAAAACUUGUAUAUGUUGUUUAAUACUGAUUAUAAUAACUCUUCUAUUCUUUUGUGAAGAAAUAAAUAUUUUGUAUAUUUGUUCAACAUAGUGAAUUUUUUAAACUGUGAAAUUUAUUACUGUUAAAUGGUUAAAUUCAGUCAUAUUUGUGUUGUAUUUUUACCUUUGUGGUCUGUUAGCAACAGUAUGAUCAAAUUAUUUUUCUGUUACAUGUUGUUCCAUGAAAAGUAUAUGGCAAUAUCAGGGUCUUAUGUAUGCAUAUGCAACAAUUAUAAUAUCAACUUGUAUUACCAACAUGAUGACAUGUGGGUUAUAAUGUAUAUUAAACUUCACUUUGAACAUGUUAUGCUAAAACAUAAAAUACUAAUUGGCUGACAAGAUCAUUUAAAUGUUAUAGCAUAUGGGUAUUAUUACAUACAUAAUUUAAGUAACCUUCUUGAAUGGUAAUUAUUACUUACUACACUAAAACACACAGUCUGGUUAAAUAUUUGGUCAUAACAUAGAUCUUAAAUUAUGAUUUCCUUAAUUUAUAACAUUUAUUAUUUUGCCUAUAAUAGCAUUGUUUAAACACUGUGAACAAAGUAACAUAGUUGAUAGAACAUACAUGUAGUUGAUAAAAUAAUAAGCUGUCCUGAUUUGCAUAUGAAUCACAUGAUAAAACCAAUGGUAUAUUAUUUAAGCAUGAAUUAAUUUAGAACAUAGAAAGCUAUUAAGAAUGUGUUUGCAUGUUAGUUUAAUACAAGCUACAGUGUAUUUUGCCUUAAAUAAAUUAUGAGAACAAAAAUGCUGUUUGCUGCCUGUGUUGUUACAAUAGAUGGAGUGGUUUUCUACGUUUCUAUCCAACAUCAAAUGACCUUAACAAAUACAAUUAACUCUUUUUACAUUGUAUAAACUUUCA